GAAAUAGACUCUAAACGUAUAAAUUGGUAAAACAUAUUUUCCCGAUAUUUAAAUCCAUAAUGCCUACAUAUCUUAGACAAUGUUUAAGACUCAAAGUUAAACAAUAGUUAAAAGCAAUAAAAUAUAUAACUGCAAUAUUUUUUAAGAGGUCUAUAAUUAGAAUAAGAAAAUGCUUAAGAUUAAUAGUCUGAGAAAGUUUUAUAAGAAUAUACAAAUGGAUUUAAAUUAUAAAAAGAUUCUUUGUGCGCCUAUAGAUUGUUCGAAAUAUAUAGUGAUAAAACAAAAACAUAAAAAUUAGAAGUAAUUUUGUACAAACAAAAAAAUAUACAUAUAUAUAAAAAAUAAAAAAGCUUAAUUAAUAAAAAACUUUAUUCUUUUUGCUUACUUCAGCAGCAUUGCUUAAUUUCUAAUAUGGUGGAAAGCUAAUAAAAAUUUCAAAUGAUAUAAAAAGAUUUAUAAAUUUAUAUGAAGGAGGAAUAGGAGUAUACCAAAACUUAAUGGAAACAUUUAAUUAAGAAUAUUUUAAUUAAAGAGAAAGAGAUAUAUUAAAAUUAAUUUUUAGUAUAUAAUACUGUGAAGCAGAAAAACAAUAAGAAAUAUAUUAACAAUUUUUAUAAGAAAUAGAUGAAAUAAGAAAUGAAUUUGAAUUUAACUUACUAAUAAAUUAUUUAAGU